AUGUUGCAAAAGUUCUUCGGUGAUAAUUGUAUGUCGCGAGCAAGUGUUUUUGAUUGGUACAAGUUGUUUAUAGAGGGUCGAGAACGCGUUGCCGACGAACCACGUCCAGGACGGCCAUCAACAUCAACUUAUGAUAAACACGUCAAUAAAAUCAAGGAAUUGGUGCUCGAGAAUCGACGAUUAACAGUCAGAGAUCUUACUGGGAUCGUUGGAAUAUCGGAAGGAUCAGUAAAAACCAUUUUGAAAGAUCAUUUGGACCUAAGAAAAGUGAAAGCACGAUUGGUUCCAAAAUCACUCAAUUUUUUCGAAAAACAGCGUCGCGUUAACGUCUGUGAAACAAUGCUUUCCGACUACCAGGAUGUCAUGAAACGUAUUAUUACUGGAGAUGAGACUUGGAUUUAUGAAUUCGACCCGGAAACAACCGACCAAUCGGACGAAUAUCGUGCAAAAGGUGAGCCCAGACAAAACAAACCACGCCGAAUUCUGUCGAAAAACAGGGUGGUGCACAUGACCAAAAAGCUAGAAGUAUUGGAUGCCUUAUUGGAUGCUAAUUUGGAAAAGUUUUUAAAUCCUGACCAAUUAUUGUUUUUAAAAGACAACAUUCUCAGAGAUGGUGGUGAUAUUCAUCCAAAACCACGUCAACUCCGAUACUCAAUGCGUUUAGAUGCUGAAGCACAGUAUUUGCAAAUUCCAGCUUCUGAAUCCUACGAAGACGACGAUGUGCGAUAUUAA